AUGACGUACUUCACCAAGGGAAUCCUGGCCUCGUCCCUGCCAUUGGCGUUGGCAUCAGACGUAAUAGAUCCCAUACGCCAUAUAUCAACAUCAUGCAUUCCCAACGACGAAAGCCAGCCUCCUCUCCUCCCCUCUACAUUGAAUAAUCGUCGUGCAUACUUUUUCUUGGAUAACGGUUCAUCAUGUAGUGUAGUAUCCAUUGAUACCUUAAAGGAGUUUGGUUUUUCGUUGGAAUUGCAGCCCUCCCAUACGACCAUCUGCGGUAAUCUACUACUGGGUCAUGAUUUCUUGUUCAGAAGCGGCAUUUCCCUGCAUCCACAAAGUAAUUCCAUCAUCUUCAAUGGUGUUAAGUACCCCCUGAGAGAGCCCUCAUACGGCACGGCACUGGUGUUAACAGACCAUGUACGAGUAAAAGGCUGCGCAGCUUUGCCUUCACUUUAUAAAAUAGUAAAUGGUAAAUGCCAGGUACACCUCAUGAAUUUGACCCCAGUCCCCCUCGAGAUUAGAGGAGGCGUACCUGUACUUAACUUCGAAUUCACCGAUCUCCCAAUCCGCGAAUUCGACUUGCCUACUCCCUCCCCCGUCUGCGCAGCAUCACAUAGCCCUCCCCAGGUUAACAAUGAAGUUCUUCAAGAUAUUCUGUCACAGAAAUUAGCCUUUCAGGACGGCUAUAAUAUCUUGGAAAAGAUUUUUCACGAUUACCCGACCGUACUGCCGUCAAAAGACCGUCUCAUAGGAAGUACUGAUCUGAUUGAACACUCCAUUUCCCUCGAGCCUGAUGCGAAACCAGUUUACAUUCCAUCAUAUAAAAUCCCGCAUUCAAAGCGGAAGGCUCUCGAAAAUGAAGUGCAAGGAAUGCUGGACAUGAACUUAAUCAAGAGAAGUAAUUCGCCCUGGGCCAGUCCCAUGAUUCUCGUCCCCAAGAAAGACGGAUCAUUUAGACCCGUCGUAGAUUACCGUAAGCUUAACGCAGUAACUAUUCCAGAACCGUUCCCUAUUCCGAAUCUCCGUCUGUUGUUGCAAGAUAUUGGCUCCGGAAAUUUAGUUUUCUCCACUCUUGACCUGGCUAAGGGUUUCUUGCAAGUGCCAGUAGCUAAAGAAAGUCGACCACUUACCGCAUUCUCUACUCACAUGGGACACUUCGAAUUCCUGAGAACACCAUUUGGCUUACGUAAUUCUCCUCUCACCUUCAGUAGAUUGAUGUCAAUCGUGCUCAGUGGUAUGAUUAACGAUCAGGUUAUGGUUUACCUGGAUGACAUUUUAAUAUGUUCCCAUCAGUCUCUGAACAUGAGAAAAGUUGCGUCAGGUCAUACCCUAACGUCCAAUGGCAUUGCACCCAAUCAGAACAAAGUACAAGCCGUGAUUGACUUCCCCAGACCACAAAACCAAAAAGACCUGAAGUCCUUCCUUGGUCUUUCCGGUUUUUAUAGACCAUUUAUCAAAGAUUACGGAUCUAUUGCGCAACCCCUCACGACGCUGCUUAAGAAAGACGUACCCUUUGUGUGGGCCAAAGAGACAGAGGAUUCCUUCCUGCAACUGAAGGCAUUGCUAGCCAACGCACCUGUUCUGGCCUUCCCUGAUUUUGAGUUGCCCUUUGUGCUCACGACUGACGCGUCUAGCGUAGGAUUAGGCGCAACACUUCACCAAAAGGUAAAUGGCAAGCUGCGCCCCAUUGCCUUUGCAAGCAGGACCCUCAAACCCGCAGAGCGGUCGUAUCAUACUACGGACCGUGAACUCUUAGCUAUCACCUAUGCACUCCGUCACUUCCGGGAGUUGAUACUCGGUUAUAAGAUAGAAGUACACACCGACCACUCCGCUCUCACGACCGCCCUUCACGGCAGAGAUCCCCAUGGAAGACGGGCACGUGCCAUAGAAGUCUUAGCCGAAUACGACGUAACGAUCGUCUAUUUACCUGGCCGGCAAAAUGUCGUCGCGGAUGCUCUCUCCCGCGCACCCUUGCCAUCCCCCGCGGAAUUACAGGCCUCCGACAGCGGCCUGCUCUUCAGAAGAGCCACCCCCAAGAAAAUUAAAGGACGUCGGGGCCUCGUGAGAGACGUCGUAGUAAUUCCGGAAUCACUCGAACCAAGAGUCCUUCAACUCGUACACGAGUCGCGGGAAGCAGCACAUUGCGGAGUGUAUAAAGCCAUUCAGAUGGCCAGACAGAGAUUUUUCUUCCCAUUACUCAUAACAAAGGUAAAGAAGCACGUUAAGUCUUGCAAAGUUUGUCCUUAUUUCAAAGGCUCUACCAACCAGCCCGCCCCUGCCUUGCGAUAUGACGUCCCGGAUUUUCCCUUUGAGAAGGUCUCCUGCGACACUUUAUCAGGUUUUGUAACCACGCGUAGUGGGAAUAAACACAUUCUCGUAUUCGUGGAUAACUUUACCAGGUAUUGCGAGCUAGUCCCUGUCCCAAAUAAAUCCGCGAAAGUCGUUGCAAAGGCCUUCCAUGACUUCAUCCAACGGUACACCACACCUACACCACAGAGCAAUGGCAUUACCGAGCGCCUUAAUGGUUCUAUUCUAACGUUUAUGAGAUCACUGGUCGACACCACAUCUGACAACUGGGACGACCUCCUCCUCACCAUCCAAUCCGCCAUUAACAGCACUUUCCAUUCAUCCCUUGGAGAUACUCCACACUUCCUCUUGUAUGGCUCAGACAAGAGACUGCCGUAUGACCUUUUCCAGACUAGACGCAAGCCUGAAUACUCGGACAGUUAUGCAGAAUAUCUCUUAAACAGAAAUAAGAUCGCGUUCCAGAAAGCUAAAGAGUUUCUUACAAAAUCUAGGGAUCAAAUACUGUCAUACCAACAUAAGAUUGCGCGCGCUAAGUCCAUAGGUGUCGGCGCCUUAGUUUUCAGAAAAGUACACACCAGUGACUCCAUGCGUCCUAAACUCGCCCUCGCUUUGACGGUCCAUGCUCGUUCUGAUGCUCCUGCCAUGGCUUCACCCUUGCUCGCCGAGCCAGGCCUACCCGAAAGGUUACGCGCCGUGCCCGGUGCAUUAAUCGAAAAUCUAGGCACAGUAUUCCCGAUAUCGAGUAAUAUCGAA